AUGGCCACGGGACAGCUAUUUUCACGCAACACACAAGCGCUGUUUUACAACUAUAAGCAGCUUCCCAUUCAGCGGAUGCUUGAUUUUGAUUUCCUCUGUGGGCGAGAAACUCCUUCUGUUGCUGGUAUCAUUAACCCUGGUUCUGAGGGAUUCCAGAAGCUAUUCUUUGGUCAAGAGGAAAUCGCCAUACCUGUCCAUGCAGCCAUUGAGGCAGCAUGUGCUGCGCACCCCACAGCAGAUGUAUUCAUCAACUUUGCAUCGUUUAGAAGUGCUGCUGCUUCAUCCAUGGCUGCUUUGAAGCAGCCAACUAUUAAAGUAGUGGCCAUAAUUGCAGAAGGUGUUCCGGAGUCAGACACUAAGCAGCUGAUUGCUUAUGCUCGUGCUAACAAUAAGGUUAUUAUCGGACCAGCUACUGUUGGAGGUAUUCAAGCUGGAGCCUUUAAAAUUGGUGACACUGCCGGAACAAUUGACAAUAUCAUCCAGUGCAAGCUGUACAGGCCUGGAUCUGUUGGCUUUGUCUCGAAAUCUGGUGGCAUGUCUAAUGAAAUGUACAAUACCAUUGCUCGUGUGACAGAUGGGAUCUAUGAAGGUAUUGCUAUUGGUGGGGAUGUGUUCCCAGGAUCCACUUUAUCUGACCAUAUCCUGCGUUUUAACAACAUCCCACAGAUUAAGAUGGUGGUUGUACUUGGAGAGCUUGGAGGAAGAGAUGAAUAUUCUCUAGUUGAAGCUUUGAAACAGGGAAAAGUCACCAAACCAGUGGUUGCUUGGGUCAGCGGGACUUGUGCGCGUCUCUUCAAGUCCGAAGUACAAUUUGGUCAUGCAGGAGCGAAAAGCGGUGGAGAAAUGGAGUCUGCACAGGCCAAGAAUCAAGCACUCAAAGACGCUGGAGCUACUGUACCCACUUCAUUCGAAGCCUUAGAAUCUGCAAUCAAGGAAACUUUCGACAAAUUGGUUGAAGAAGAAAAGGUGUCUCCUGUUAAGGAAAUCACUCCUCCGCAAAUCCCCGAAGAUCUCAGCUCCGCAAUAAAGAGCGGGAAAGUCCGGGCUCCUACGCACAUCAUCUCCACGAUUUCUGAUGACAGAGGGGAGGAACCAUGCUAUGCUGGUGUGCCAAUGUCGUCCAUCAUCGAACAAGGUUAUGGUGUAGGAGAUGUCAUCUCUCUCCUAUGGUUCAAACGUAGUCUUCCCGGUUACUGCACCAAAUUCAUUGAGAUUUGCAUAAUGUUGUGUGCUGAUCACGGUCCAUGUGUUUCCGGGGCUCACAACACCAUCGUAACAGCAAGAGCAGGAAAAGACCUCGUCUCAAGUCUUGUUUCAGGUCUAUUAACAAUUGGUCCAAGAUUUGGUGGUGCCAUUGAUGACGCAGCACGGUACUUCAAGGACGCUUGUGACAGGAGUCUCACACCUUAUGAAUUCGUGGAAGGCAUGAAGAAGAAAGGAAUCCGUGUCCCUGGAAUUGGUCACAGGAUCAAGAGUAGAGACAACAGAGACAAAAGAGUGGAGCUGCUUCAGAAAUUCGCACGGUCCAACUUCCCUUCGGUGAAGUACAUGGAAUACGCAGUCCAAGUAGAGACAUACACACUCUCUAAAGCCAACAACCUCGUACUCAACGUGGACGGAGCCAUAGGAUCUCUCUUCUUGGACCUUCUCGCUGGAAGUGGAAUGUUCACUAAGCAAGAGAUCGACGAAAUCGUCCAGAUCGGUUAUCUCAACGGCCUCUUCGUCCUCGCUCGAUCCAUCGGUUUAAUCGGGCACACAUUCGACCAGAAGAGAUUGAAGCAGCCACUGUAUCGACACCCGUGGGAAGAUGUCUUGUACACCAAGUAA